GAGCUCGACUCAGAUGAUGAACUCAUCGUCUCCAUGAAAGAGAAUGGCUAUAACGACGGUCAGGUUUCGGAGCGUCUGCGUGCGGAGGGUCGCAUCCAGUACAGCAGGAAGACGAUCAAUACUCGCUUUCAGCGUAUUCGGUUCGCUCAAGCUAAGCGCGUGGAUGAGAUGCUGUUGGAGGGCUACAAGGAGUGGCAAUAUGAAGACGACGUUCUUCUGAUGAAGGCCAAAGACCUCGCAGAUGCCGAAAUCGAGGAUACCAUCAAGCGACUUCGUUCCAAGCGCUUCGACAAGGUCUCAGAUUACAUGCACAAGCUGAACCCCGAAGCUAUCUUCUCCAAGAAGGCUUGUAAGGAACGUUACAUUGGUCUCGUGAACGGCACUGCUUCCAUCCCCAUUGACUUGGACGACAAUCCGCAGAAGCGUCGUGAAGAGCUGCAGGCCUACCAGGAAUCCCGCGAGAAAGCCCGCGAGAUCGCUAAGAAAGAGAAGGUAGCAAAAGACGAGGCAGAGCGCCAAGCUGUGGAAGCAGCCAAGCUCGUUCACGCAGAGAAGGCUGCAGAGGCUGCUCGCAAGCGCCAACUAAACGCGGAGUACAAGGCUCGUAGGGAACAAGAGAAGGCCGAGAAGAAGCUGUAUGGAUUCAAGAAAGCAGAUGAGGUUAGGAAGAAGCGAGAUGAGAAGGCUGAGCACAAGAAGCUGGCGGAGGCGGCUCCCAAGAGUCGGUCAAGCGCCACUCUCCUCUCUAUCAAGACCUUGGACACCAUCACUCCUGCGACUCCUGACCCCCGCGCAGCGCUGUCUCUCCAACAGCUCAAGGCUCUGUGUGGUUCCAAGUCGUUGUCCAAGGAAGGCAGAUCGAAGGCUGAGUUCGUGGAGCGCCUCAAGGCUAUGGAUCAGAAGCUCACUCUUGCGGAGCUGAAGCGCAUGAGCGGCCUCAAGGGCCUGAACACUUCUGCCAACAAGACGAACCUGAUCCACCAGCUCGCCCUUCGUGAGGUCGAUAACAUCAAGAAGGAUGCCACGUCCUAGGACAAGGCUGGACCAAGCACCUGGAAUGCCUAAGCUCCCAUGUCUCUGCUGUUGUAGGAGCGAAAAGGUGAAUGUACCACACCUACUCACCUGGCAAGGUUCUCCCACACAGUGUUUGCUUGUUCGAAAGUGCCCUUGCUUCCUUCACAUGACACGAUACUUGGUAUGCUUGUUGCUUCGAUUGGUUCAUGAUUGUGGCAUUGGAGUUUAGUUACUUACCCUACUUCUUUGUCUCACUUCUCUUUUACUUUACGUGGUGGACUGAGGGAUGUCUUCGGGACGUCCACCUCUUUGGGACAGCUGUUCAACACCCUUGCGGUAAUCGGGAUGAUCAAUGGAGACCCAUUGGAACGGUCCAUUCACAAAGCUCACAAAGGUACUAAAAAAUUCAAUGGACC